AUGAACUACCUUCAGGCGCCGUACCCAUACACAGUUCCGAUGGAGCAGCCUAUGGGCUAUGGGGUACCCAUCCAACAUCAUCCUUAUGAGCAACCAAUGGAUCAAUGCUACGUUCCUUACCAUCAGAACGAUAUGCAUGGCUUUUACACCACCGGUGCCAUUGAGGAGUACGAGGAGUAUGUCGAGAAUUUGUCGCGGCCUCGUUUGACCAAAGAGCAGGUUGAGAUCCUCGAAUCUCAAUUCCAGGCUCAUCCCAAGCCCAACAGCAACACCAAACGUCAAUUGGCCAUGCAGACGAGCUUGACUCUCCCCAGAGUUGCGAACUGGUUCCAGAACCGACGGGCGAAAGCCAAGCAACAGAAACGACAAGAGGAAUUCGAGAAGAUGCAGGCAAAGGAGAAGGCCAUGGCAGCUGAGGGGGCCGAGAAUCAGCAGCAGGCAGAGGAAAGCUCAGAGCAACAGAAGUCAGAGCAGGACCAGACCGAUUCGAUGCCAACUCCCACGGACACCCGCGGUGCUUCUUCAAGUUGCAGCGAACAAGAAGAUCAUGGACUUCAGACACCGGCAGAGGAGAAACCAGAACCCAAGUUUGAUACCGUUGGACACCAGUCUGAAGUUCAAGCUGAAAUCCCCAACCCAGAGCCCACCAAGCUGAUCCCCAGUCCGCCAAUAAAGGAAGACCAGGAGAUGUCAAGUGAGGUAGCUGACUUGCACAACACCAUGCAACCCUCAUUUUCUCAGCCAGAAGUCGACGGACAUUACCAACAAUGGGCCCAUAACUCUGUUCCUCAAAUAGAAGUCAGAGACGGUUCUGCAGACUCACACGUGGUUUCAACUUCAGCUCCAAUUAUGGAGCUUGACUCUAACGGCUACUGGUCCCCGGAUUCUAACAUCGUCAGCCAGCCGUUCACCGACCUCUUGUGUAACAACAGUUCCCCGGAGGAACUUCCCUGCCAGGCUCAGCCAUCCGCUACAUCAUUCUCUCAGUCCUUUAUGCCUUCAGAGAUGCCCUUGUACUCUUCCCAGACCCUCAUCAACCAAAGCGAUAUGUCCCCUCGAAGUGGCCCCAGCUCUGACUCGGAGCUGAUGCACUCCGAAGGACGUCAAUUGCCUCGCCUCCACAUUUCGACCUCUGAUAAAGCAAUUGGCCUUGCAGCGCGCCGAAAACGCCCACGACCGGCUGCCAUUGGAACAUCAGGAUUGAGCCGUGCCCUAGGUGGUCCCCCAUCCAUGUCACCUACUCGACGAGUGGCCAGCGCCGCCUGGGGUGGUGUACGAAAGGCAUCACAGCUUGCAGAACUGAGUCCAAGAUAUGCUGGUGUAAGGAAGAUAUCUGGCUCUCCCAGGUCGCCGUUCCCAUACUCAUUGGAAGGAAGACAACAUGGCCUAUCCAGUGCGGAAUUGGCCGUGCCUCCAUCAACUACUUCUUCUAUUCCUCCAGCCACUCCUUUGACGCCAGAUGAUAUGCAGUAUCUCCUUCCUCCAACCCCAAUUGACAGCCAGUACUGCCUAUCGCCUCAGGACGAGAUAGGAUACUCUCAUUCCUUCCCAACUUCCCAAUCAAUUCAUUUCGACGAACAUCAAGAGUCAAAACGACAGCCACCACCCUUUGUUAUGGUUGGAAUGUCCCAUGCACCAUCAUACGAGUCGUUCACAGAGCCCAUGUCUGCUCCUCCAAACUUCACCACCUUCAACGACCUCAUUCCAGACUGCGGACAACAACAACAGCAAGAACAGCAACUUAGCUCCUCUGAGGCUGACGCAUCACUCCAUGUGAUCCACAUGCCCAGGCCAACACAUAUCUCACCCAUUGCCUACGAUGAUCAGAUCCAGGGUGAACAGCAAAUGGAAGGCUCCACUGGCGCCGACUGGCGAGGCCAGCAGUCCACGAACGGCUCGGUCUCCCCCAUCUCGGAGUGUAGCCAGGGUUACCACGCUACCGGCAAGGGAACUACUGAAUUCUACAUUCAAGAGUUUCCUCAACAAGAUGAGGCAUUGAAGAUGGCUGCACAGCAACUCCCACCGCAACGAACACGGACGUACACAUUUACCAACCAGACACCGAAUGACUUUUACCGCACCGCCAUUUUCCCACCCGUAUAA